AUGGCGGAACAGACAACAUCAACGUACAAGAUCCGGUACGCCACCGAGCACGACGUCCCCGUGAUUCUCCAUUUGAUUCGCGAGCUGGCCAUCUACGAGAAGGCGCUGCACGAGGUGCUCGCCACGGAGCAGUCACUGCGCGAGUCGCUCUCGUUCCCCGUCGACCCCCAGGAUCUGGACAAGGGCUUUACAGAGGGCUACGCGAAGACGCUGCUCAUCUGUCCGGCAUCUGCACCUUCAGGCGCCGGCAAUAACGCCAGCCAACAGGAAGAGGUCGCCGGCAUGGCCCUGUACUUCCACAACUACUCGACCUGGCAGGCCCGACCGGGCAUCUACCUCGAAGACCUGUUCGUGCACCCGACGUACCGCGGCCGCGGGUACGGCACCGCGCUGAUCCGUGCCCUCGCACGAGAAUGUCGCCGGCUCAACUGUCGCCGGCUCGAGUGGUCCGUCUUGAAGUGGAAUACCCCGAGCAUCGAAUUCUACCAGGGCGGGAGCGUCGGUGCCACGAGGAUGGAGGAGUGGGUGGGCAUGAGGGUCGAAGGCGAGCAGUUGGAGAGGCUGAGCAAGAUGGUCGAGGGGAAUUGA